AUGACAAACGAUCUUUAUCCUAAAAUUUUUGCUGCUCUGUAUUCAUCGAAAAAUGACUCUUGGAAAUACUUGGAACCUAACUAUUCUUACGAAUGUCAGUUAUCUGUGUCCCAAAAUAGCACUUAUAUUAACGGAAAAUAUCAUUGGAUGAGCAGCAGCAAAGAGAUAUGCAAGAAAGACAGUGUGUAUUUUAUUCGGACAUUUGAUUUUGCGACUGAAUUGUUUGGGGAAAUGGCAGGACCACCAAUUCCAGGUGAUCACUGGGCGACACUAAUGUUACGCGGUGGCUCCCUUGCAGCUAUGUCUUCUGGUAAUAUGGCUCAGCCUCAGACAUCGUGUUAUGAUAUAUGGGCAAGGAUUGGAGAGAAUAAAUGGAUCAAAGUUUAUACAGUGAAUCCUCCUAUACCCUCGCAUUGGCCUAACGGAAUUUGGGAGUAUGAUAAGUUUAUUUAUGAACUAACAGAGACUAACAGGAUGGUUUUUUAUGAUCAGGCCGCUAAACAAGUUACAAAUCUUGGAUUUGAUCAUUUUCAACGUCUAGAAUCUGGAUUCUGUUGGACUACAGAUUAUAAGGAGAGCCUAAUUCCAAUAAAGAGAGAAAAUCCCACUGAGCAGGAUAAUGUUGAACACUACUUCACCAAGUUUUAA